UAAAAUAAAAUCGAUGACCUGUCUCACCGACCCAGUGCCGUUUGGUAGGCCAUUUGGGAUCAUGACUUUGACUUUCUCAAAAUCUAAAGGAGAGGCAUUUUACUUAGUUGUAAUUACUUGACUCUCGCCACUACGGGAAGUCAGACAUAGAAAGCCCAGAGAAAGCGACUUUCCGAAGCCCUUUUCGACAGUGCCUGGUCACCCUCCCUCUCAGCCUCGUUGGCAUUAGUACAAACAUCGUUAAUAAUUGAGAAUCACAGCUCAUCCACGUCCUCCGCGACCAACAUAAACAUGAGCCUGAUCCUCCUAGUGGGCGUCCUCGCGGCUGUGGCCUCCGCCGCCCCCCGUCCCGACUCUCCUCCCGUCUACGGCGCUCAUCCGACCUACAAGCAGCCAGGAAUGCCAUUCGAUUUCAGCUACGCCGUCAAGGACCCCUACUCAGGCAACGACUACGCCCACGCCCAGACCAGCGACGGUCACGUCACCUCCGGAUCGUACAGCGUGGCUCUUCCCGACGGCCGAACCGAGAUCGUGGAAUUCACCGCCGAUCACGACAACGGCUACGUCGCCAACGUCGCCUACGAGGGGGAGACCUCCUACCCCGCCCCUGCCCCCUCCUACCACCCCGCUCCCUCAUACCCACCUCCCCCACCCCACCUACAUCAAUAAUAGAGAGGGAAUACUUUUCAUGCUCAAGUCACACUAUUAAAGCUCCCAUGUCACAAGGCAAACAAAUAUCUUCAAUAUCACAUACCUCAUUACCUUCACAAUGGAAGUCAUUGCAACAACUGUCGACUCCUUUGCUUAACCACAGACUGGCAACUGGUUUCCUUCCCUAUACUUCACUGUCUCUUCUCUAGGGAACUGUGAUGUCUUUAAAGUUUUGAUUUUCAGUGUAUGUAACUAAUGCCAUGCACGGCUUUAUAAUGCGUGUAUAGGCCUUUUAGCCAUGGUAUUCUUGUAAAUAAAGAUAAUUCGUUAAAAA